AUGGGGUCAGAGAGCGGCUCAGGGAUCAGUGACCUGGCCACAGUGUCCAUCUGGGGGGUCAUUCUGUGGACCCACCUCCAGCCACGAUUGAGAGAGGAAAGAGGAGGGAGGAAGGAGGAGAGAGGAAGGAGAAGAGAGGAGAGAGGAAGGAGGAGAGAGGAAGGAGAAGAGAGGAAGGAGGAGAGAGGAAGGAGGAGAGAGGACAGAGGGGAGAGGAAGGAGGAGAGAGGAAGGAGGAGAGAGGACAGAGGAGAGAGGAAGGAGGAGAGAGGAAGGAGAAGAGAGGACAGAGGAGAGAGGAAGGAGGAGAGAGGAAGGAGAAGAGAGGACAGAGGAGAGAGGAAGGAGGAGAGAGGACAGAGGAGAGAGGAAGGAGGAGAGAGGAAGGAGGAGAGAGGAAGGAGGAGAGAGGACAGAGGGGAGAGGACAGAGGAGAGAGGAAGGAGGAGAGCGGAAGGAGAAGAGAGGAAAGAGAGGAGGAGGAGGAGAGAGGAAGGAGGAGAGAGGAAGGAGGAGAGAGGAAGGAGGAGAGAGGAAGGAGGAGAGAGGACAGAGGAGAGAGGAAGGAGGAGAGAGGAAGAGGAGAGAGGAAGGAGGAGAGAGGAAGAGGAGAGAGGAAGGAGGAGAGAGGAAGGAGGAGAGAGGAGAGAGGAAGGAGAAGAGAGGAGAGAGGAGAGAGGAAGGAGGAGAGAGGAAGAGGAGAGAGGAGAGGAGAGAGGAAGGAGAAGAGAGGAGAGGAAGGAGGAGAGAGAGGAAGGAGGAGAGAGGAAGGAGAGAGAGGACAGAGGAGAGAGGAAGGAGGAGAGAGGACAGAGGAGGAGAGAGGAAGGAGGAGAGAGGAAGGAGGAGAGAGGAAGGAGGAGAGAGGACAGAGGAGAGAGGAAGGAGGAGAGAGGAAGGAGGAGAGAGGAAGGAGGAGAGAGGAAGGAGGAGAGAGGAAGGAGGAGAGAGGACAGAGGGGAGAGGACAGGAGGGAGAGGAAGGAGGAGAGAGGAAGGAGAAGAGAGGAAAGAGGAGAGAGGAAGGAGGAGAGAGGAAGGAGAAGAGAGGACAGAGGAGAGAGGAAGGAGGAGAGAGGACAGAGGAGAGAGGAAGGAGGAGAGAGGACAGAGGGGAGAGGACGGAGGAGAGAGGAAGGAGGAGAGAGGAAGGAGGAGAGAGGACAGAGGAGAGAGGAAGGAGGAGAGAGGGAGAGAGAGAGGAGAGGAGAGAGGAAGGAGGAGAGAGGAAGGAGGAGAGAGGAGGAGGAGAGGAGAGGAGAGGAGGAGGAGAGAGGAAGGAGGAGAGAGGACAGAGGAGAGAGGAAGGAGGAGAGAAGAGAGAGGAAGGAGGAGAGAGGAAGGAGGAGAAAGGAAGGAGGAGAGAGGACAGAGGAGAGAGGAAGGAGGGAGAGAGGAAGGAGAAGAGAGGAAGGAGGAGAAAGGAAGGAGGAGAGAGGACAGAGGGGAGAGGAAGGAGGAGAGAGGAAGGAGGAGAGAGGAGAGAGGAAGGAGGAGAGAGAGAGGAGGAGGAGAGAGGACAGAGGAGAGAGGAAGGAGGAGAGAGGAAGGAGAGAGAGGACAGAGGAGAGAGGAAGGGAGGAGAGAGGAAGGAGGAGAGAGGAAGAGGAAGAGGAGAGAGGAAGAGGAGAGAGAGGAGAGGAGGAGAGAGGAGAGAGGAGAGGAGAGAGAGAGAGGAGGAGAGAGAGAGGAAGGAGGAGAGAGGAAGGAGGAGAGAGGAAGGAGGAGAGAGGACAGAGGAGAGAGGAAGGAGGAGAGAGGAAGGAGAAGAGAGGACAGAGGAGAGAGGAAGGAGGAGAGAGGAAGGAGGAGAGAGGACAGAGGAGAGAGGAAGGAGGAGAGAGGAAAGAGGAGAGAGGAAGGAGGAGAGAGGAGAGAGAAUAGAGGAGAGCGGAAGGAGGACAGAAGAGAGAGGACACAGAGGAGAGAGGGAGGAGGAGAGAAGAGAGAGGACACAGAGGAGAGAGGGAGGAGGAGAGAAGAGAGAGGACACAGAGGAGAGAGGGAGGAGGAGAGAAGAGAGAAGACACAGAGGAGAGAGGGAGGAGGAGAGAAGAGAGAGGACACAGAGGAGAGAGGGAGGAGGAGAGAAGAGAGAGGACACAGAGGAGAGAGGGAGGAGGAGAGAAGAGAGAGGACACAGAGGAGAGAGGGAGGAGGAGAGAAGAGAGAGGACACAGAGGAGAGAGGGAGGAGGACAGAAGAGAGAGGACACAGAGGAGAGAGGGAGGAGGACAGAAGAGAGAGGACACAGAGGAGAGAGGGAGGAGGACAGAAGAGAGAGGACACAGAGGAGAGAGGACACAGAGGAGAGAGGACACAGAGGAGAGAGGACACAGAAGAGAGAGGGUGGAGGGUGGCGGUCUGA